AUAGGCUUGGUUUUCGACUUUGAUUCUGCUUAUGCUUCUCAUGUGCACAUCUUGCUUCGGUUAAUCUCGCGCCAAGAGCAGUAGCAUUAGCCCCAUUGACAUACCAGCAGCUGUGCCGUGAAUUCAUGCAUCGACAGCAAUGUUAGCUGGCAGAGUGACAAGGUCAAGAGCAGCCAAAGCUGCGGCUGAAGCAGCAUCUCUUCCAGCCAUAUCAAGUGUUUCAUCCGCCAGCCUGCCAGCCAAACCCAAACCAUUACCCAAAACCACCAAAUCAUCACAACCCAAAUCAAGAGCACAAUCAAAGGCAGCUUCAAAGCCAAUCUCGGCAUCAUCUGAAGCCCAAACCCUCAGUUUCCCAUCGGCCUCCCACUUCGACGCCUGGCUCCUACAACGCGGCGUCUCAACUCCGGCCGGCAUCUGGCUGCGCUUCAGCAAGAAAUCCAUCCUGGCCCAAGUCCCCUCCGUCGGCUACCUAGAAGCCGUCGACAUCUCCCUGUGCCACGGAUGGAUCGACGGCCAGCGCAAAGCCCUUGACGAAAACUUCUACCUGCAGCGCUUCACGCCUCGCCGCCGCCGGAGCCUUUGGUCUCAGCGCAACGUCCAGCGCGUCGAGAUGCUGACGGCAGAAGGGAGGAUGAAGCCCGCGGGGAUUGCAGAGGUGGAUGCUGCAAAGGAGGAUGGACGGUGGGAGAAGGCUUACGCUGGACCCGCGACCAUGGAGGUUCCUGAAGACUUUGCGAAUGCGUUAAAGGAGAAUGACAUUGCAAAGAGGGUGUUUGACGGACUGAGCCGGUCAGAAAGGUAUUCGUUUCUAUGGCGUAUCACGACAGUAAAAAGGACAGAAACGAGGGAGAGAAAGAUAAGAGAAUUUGUGAGCCUCUUGGCCUCAGGACAAGCAUUAUAAUUGUAUAUGAUACGUCUUCAUCAGGUACGUUGAUGAUAGAGUAUCAACUAUAUAAAACAAAGCAGGCUGCUACAUGAGCCGUGGUAUUCAAAUCU